AUGGCUGUGUUUGUCCUCCUGGCUUUCGCCGUGGUCGUCGGCCUCUUGGCGCGAGAGUUCUACUCAUGGUACCGCCUCUCCCACGUCCCGGGCCCGUUCUGGCACGGCAUCACUGGCUUCUCGAUGGCGCUGGCCGCGCUGAAUGGGUCGAUCCACGAGUAUUACAUGGACCUGCAUGAGAAAUAUGGUCCUCUCGUCCGCAUCGGACCCAACACCGUCAUGUUCAGCGACGGCGACACCCUCAGAAAGAUCGCGGGCGCUCGGAGCAGAUACACAAAGGGCGAGUGGUACGCGGUCGGAAGGACGACGCCGGGGGAAGACCACCUGUUCUCGAUGCGCGACGAGGAGAAGCGAAAGUAUCUGAAGAGCAAAAUGGGGCCCGGUUACGCCGGUAUCGAGAACGGCGGCUUCGAAGCCGGCAUCGACAAGAACAUCGCCGCCUUCGUCGACUUGAUUGACCGCAAGUACAUCUCGACCGCCAAGGAGUACAGGCCCAUGGACAUGGCAAGCAAAUCGACCUAUUUCGCCCUGGAUGUGAUCAGCGAGCUCGGGUUCGGCACGCCGUACGGAUUCCUCAAGGAGGAUCGCGACCUCUACCAGUACGUCAGCACCAAGGAUGCCUUCUUUCCGGUGAUGAUCACAAUGGGGAACGUGCCUUGGCUGGCCACACUGAUGCAUAGCUGGCCCCUGAAUCUGGGGUUGCCCAAGUCUGGUGACUCGGCCGGGUUUGGGGCGCUCAUGGGUUUCGCCAAAACCUUCGUGGAUGGCAGGUUGGCUGCAGACACGAAGCCCGGGCGGGAUAUGAUCCAGUCCUUCAUCAACGCCGGCUUGACGCGCGACGAGCUGACACAGGAAGUCUACGUGGAAACAAUCGCCGGGUCCGACACCACCGCGACGGCCAUCCGCAUGAUCCUGCUCUCCCUCCUCUCCAACCCGUCAGCCUUCGCCGCGCUGCGCGCCGAGAUCGACACUGCCGUCUCCAAGAGGAUGAUCAGCUCGCCGAUCAAGGACUCGGAGUCGAGGUUCAUGCCGUACCUCCAAGCCGUGAUCCGCGAGGGCCUCCGCCUCUACCCGCCGUCCACCGGCAUCGUCAGCAAAGAGGUGCCCGGCGGCGGGGACGUCGUCCACGGGUACCGGUUGCCCGCCGGGGUCCAGCUGGGGGAGAACGUCUGCAGCAUCGGCCGGUCGAAAGAGGUUUUCGGGCCCGACGCGAACCUCUUCCGUCCCGAGAGGUGGAUCGAGGCGGCGAUGAGCGACGACGAGGAGAGGUACAGGGUGAUGAUGUCGACGACGGACCUGGUGUUCGGGUUCGGCAAGUUUUAUUGCAUGGGCAGGAACAUCGCCCUGAUGGAGCUGAACAAGAUCUUUGUCGAGCUCCUCCGCAGGUACGACUUUGCCAUUGCGAAACCGGAAAAGCCCUUGAGGCUUUGGAGCGCAGGGUUCUGGAUAACGCACGACUUUUGGUUGAGAAUCACCAAGAGAAGCAACAGGUAG